AUGAUUGUGGAUGUUCAUUUGUUUAACAACCCCUUUUCUCUAAAUACGAUCAUGCCCCUCCCAGCUUUGUGGACCAAGCUAACAAAUUUUGUUAUUGUUGUUGACUUUCCUCGGGUGUCAACAUUGGAGACGGCGCUUCAGGUGCAAGAGCAAUGUGAUAAGGCUCGGUUUCCCUUGCCUUGUUCUAGGUUUCAUAUGAAUAUAAUUAGGGACAACAUCACGUCUGUUGAAAAUCCGGUUACAUGCAGCACAUCGAUUAAAAAUGAACAAGUCAGCUCAUAUGGAUUAAGUCCUCCUACGUUUUAUGUCAACCAUAUGAUCGCUUCGUCGCAACUACUCAUGGUUAUAUGGCCUGCAUACUGCAUACUAAGCUUCCACCAGCUGUCGUCGCUGCAGCUGGAGUCCGUGCGGCGCCGCACCUUCGCCAGCUGGCCGUCGGCGUCCGUGGACCCGGACGCCCUGGCCCGAGACGGCUUCUUCUACACGGGGGAGAAGGACUACGUGCGGUGCGUGUUCUGCCACCACAACCUCGGAGCCUGGACGCCGAACGACCACGUGCAGACGGAACACGCCAGGUACUCCCCUAGGUGCAGCUUCGUGGCCGGACGCCUCACCGGCAACGUCCCCAGGGUGCCGCGGACCAACGACGACGACGCCGGACGACUUUACGCGUUCCUCGACGACUACCACGCCUCCAGGCUCGCCCACGGCCGCCCGCGCACGAGGGGGAGAUAUCAGUCCGACGCCGCCGCCCUCCCGAGCGCCGAGCAGCCAGCGUUCCCCGAGUUCGCGCGGAGGGACAUGCGCCGCCGAACGUUCAGCAGCUGGCCGAAGGGCGCGGGGGCCGGCGCCGACCCGCUGGCAGAGGCGGGCUUCAUCUACACAGGCGUUGGGGACUGGGUGCAGUGUUUCCAGUGCGGCGGAGGAAUCCACACCUGGCGCCGCGGAGAUGAUCCCUGGGCAGACCACGCCCACUUUUACCCGUAUUGCCCCUUCGUCAGAGAGCAUCUGGGGCAGGGAGGCGGGGAGAGCGGGAUGGGGGAGAG